AUGUCCCUGAGUGAGCUGCAGGCUGGGGACGUGAUGUCAUUGGCAGGCGUCCCCGAUCCCCCAGCCAAUCACAGCCUCCGGGAGGUGAACCCGGAAGUGAGAGGCAGUGAGUGCUGUGAAGCUUGGCAACAAGGACCGAGUUAUAGCGAUGGAGAUCACAUGCCGGCCGGAGGGCUGCUAUAUGGGCAGGUGGGGGAUGGAGGGGGACUUAUAUCAGCUGUUCAUGAGCAGUGUUACAGCCCUGGGAGUGCUCAUGAUAGGCUCAUGUAUGUCUCAGCUCACACGGAGAUUACUGCAUGA